AUUCCACGUUCAGCGUACCCGACGACGACAACAACAACACCAACUUUCUCCACGUCGCAAUCAUGGCCGAUAAACUCCGCGCACAGCAGCAACUCGAGGCACUCCAGGCGCGCUACAUCGGUAUCGGCAGUGCGGACACGACCAAGCACGAGUGGACGUCCAACAUUGCGCGCGACUCCCUGUCAAGCUAUGUUGGCCACCCGCCGCUUCUGCAGUACAUGAGUAUCGGUCUCGGACAACCGCGCGAGAAGACACGAAUGCAACUGCUUGAGAGAAUGGUCAGGCCUGUGGGACCGCCGCCUGAGCAACAAGAUUGAUUAGCCUCUACUCAGUUUCGACCUUGGUCUACAAACAAACUACACGGUGUACGAAAUCACUUCAGCCACGAGCCCCUUCGUUUGGGCUACCAGAGAUGCCCCAUAUCAGGUGUGAUACAUAUGAUGGGAGUAGUGAUUGGGUGCUGCAUGAUUGCACGAUAGAUAGCUGCGAGGGCCGAUUCCAUGUAUGCUUUCAGUUCCGUGUGCACCACAAAGCGCCAGCGAUGAGAGGUACACAUGCACCUCUGCGUAAUGAAGAUAGCCCGGCUACCACAUAGCCACAAUCCCAAAACCUUGCCCAAAUCUUACUGCUUCUCGUACCAUGUCUCAGUCGCUAUCGCUACCACUUCCCG